GCGUCAGAGAGCACCAAUUUUCUUUCCGAGCGCACAUGUGUCGACAUCGUUUCCUAUCUUAUAUCAUCAGGACGUUUACAAUUGAUCCAUUCCAUCGAUGGCCGAUGUCUUCUUACGAUCAAAGAACUUGACAGGGAAAUUUUAGAUGAGCUUGAAGUGCAUGGUGGACACGUUAGUUUACUGGAAAUCUCGGCCAAUUUGGAGGUUGAAUUAUCUAUAAUCGAGUCGCGGGCUCAGGAACUUGAUUUGAGGGAUCGAUUUGAGUUACGCGGUGUCAUCAGCACGAUUGAACUAUCGCGCAUGUUUGCCUUCCCUCCGCAAUUUAUUUUAAACAUCAUUACGGAAUACAACAAUGUGCUCUUUCGACUGCACAAAGACAGCGAGAAAUACUACACAGAUUCUUACCUGAAUAAACAGAAGGCAAAAGUCCUCGGAUACUUUUCAGCCGCCCUGACACCAAUUACUGUCUCCUCUGUUGUAACGAAAUUGGACAUCCCCCAGAAAUUGCUCUCCGAUAUCCUGGAAUCGUUGAUUUCUGGCAGCAGGUUGCAAGGCACGCUUACAGCAUGUCGGAGUGUUUAUACUCCACGAUGUUUCAGUAUUGCCCAGGACUCUUACCUCAAAUCUUUUUAUUCGCAAAAUGGUUUUGUUGAAUGUAGUCUCGCCAGACGUCUUGGAAUAGCUGAUCCAGUUUCCUAUUUUCACAAAACCUUUCCAGACGCUAUCUACUCACGUGAUAUUUGCGUUAAUGGCACCCUUCUAUCUCAACUUAAAGCUGUAAUUACCGAUGAUACUGAUGAGAACCCAUGGCUAGAUGUGACUAGUUAUCUUCCUUCGCAUUUCGGCCCCAAGGAAAGAGAGUGGCUUGUUGCCCCACUUUUGGCCAAAACCAAUCUUGUCCCCCUAUGCGAUUACUCAUUCCUGUGCUCGCGAGACCGGCUGCAGGGUUAUGUUACCGUUUUCGACGAAGUUUUGCGUGAGGCUGCAGAGACUGCUUCCAAGCAGCAGACUUUUACCUCGCAAAGACAAUCAGCUUCCUCCGCACCAGCAACUCAAGAUAUCGCCGCCAAAUCAACUACAAAGAAAGGUAAAUCUGGGGGCUUUGGUGUCGGUUCACGCGAGAUAAAGACGAAGAACGUUAAAAAGAAGUACAUGAAAAAGUCUGAAUAUCCGGAAGAUACGCCUCUUGACGCCAUGGAUACAACUAUUUCAUUAGAGGAGUACCUACCCCAAGAAAAACUUGUAUCGAUCCUGUCGGACAAUCUGGGACCUGAAGCCCCGGAUGAAUUGGCUGAAGGGAUUCUCGACGCUCUGCUACCUGAACUUAAUGUUAAAUUCGCAAGCUUGCUGAAGUCUAUUUUCCUGCAGAAUUCAGACACGUCGAAGAACCGAAAUCGUUUCAUGGCCGAAAAGGAGUCUUUAACACAAACAAUUUUGUCCAUCCAGUCUAAACAGAGACGCAAAAAUAAGAAAGCAUCUCGUCAUAAUGACGACGACAGCGAGGACCAAGCCGAGGAUGCGGAUGCAGAACCUGUUCCUACAGAUGCAGAGCCUGCACCAACCCCUAUCGAUUCGCCCGCCGAAAUAACGGCGGCUGAUCGGGAGAACCUCUAUCAGAUGCUCAGCAAACUGUCAUCCGUCGGACCUACCCGAGAUGCGGCCGAUUUGCUACAAAAGUUAAACGGCUGCCUCCGUCCUAAUGCCGAACUUCCUGACCCGGACAGCAGUGAGCAGCCAUUGGACGAGAUAUUUGUCCUCUGUGAUGACCUGGCUGCUAAUCAUCUGGGUGUUAACCUCUCUGUCGCGGUGCUACGUUCUCCGCUGGCCGGCAGCAAACGAAAACGCGAAGACAAACUGCUCUCCCUGAACCUAGCUACCCAGAUUGAACAGCAACUCACCGCUGCCGCAGAUGAGGCCGAUACCAGCCCGUUGUUCCUAAACCUCGCCAAUGUAGCACUGGCGGCUGCUGGCCUUUUUGGACAAUGCAUUGUCGGCUGGCCUCUUCCUGUCCACGGAAAACUCGUGCCCCAGCUGUCCACGUGGAUUAAAAACAAACUGAAGGCUUCCUCUUCGGAGAUCAAGGGCGCCUACCCGAGUGCUUUAAAAGAAUUGCAGACUGCCAAAGCUGGUGACAGUUUGGUGCGCCUAAAAGACGAAGUUCUGGUGCGUGCUCGUGGUGGCGAUGGGGGCUUGUCCGAUGAAGAUGUUGUGUCUGUGGUUCAUGAAAUACAAGAAACUGGAUCCAAGUGUCUUCAGUGUAUGACCUCAGCUUCUACCACUUGA